AUGGCUGAUCUCGCAAGCCGUAUCACGAACCCCAACGAAGCGGCCACUGAUGCGCCUGCCGAGGCCGCGCCUGCUGCUACCACCGCCGCCGACGAGGCUGGCCAGACCGAUGGCACCGUCGAGCAACUCGGUGGCUCUGGCCUCCAGGAGCCUGAAUGGGACGUCGAGGUCUCCUUGAGCGAGCUUCAGGACAAUGAGGCUACGCCUUUUCACUCCGCCACCACUUGGCAGGAUCUCGGACUCCCCGAGGACAUUCUCAAGGGCCUCCUCUCCCUGAACUUCCUGAAGCCUUCCAAGGUCCAGGGCAAGUCCCUACCUCUGAUGCUCAGCAACCCCCCACGAAACAUGCUGGCACAGUCCCAGUCUGGUACCGGCAAGACGGCUGCUUUCGUCACUGCGAUAUUGUCGCGCGUCGACUUCAGCAGGCCUGAGCAGCCCCAGGCCCUUGCUCUUGCGCCCAGUCGUGAGCUCGCCCGCCAGAUCGAGGGUGUCAUCAAUGCGAUCGGCCGUUUCAUCCAGAACCUCAAGGUUGCUGCCGCCAUUCCUGGAGCCCUACCCCGUGGCGAACCAGUCCGAGCUAGUGUCAUCGUUGGAACCCCGGGUACGGUCAUGGACAUCAUCCGGCGCAGACAGCUGGAUGUCUCUCAGCUUCGGGUUCUUGUGCUGGAUGAGGCCGACAACAUGCUGGAUCAGCAGGGACUUGGCGAUCAGUGCUUGAGAGUCAAGAACAUGCUGCCCAAGGACAUCCAGGUCCUCCUCUUUUCCGCCACAUUCCCCGAGAAUGUCAUGAAAUAUGCUGGCAAGUUUGCGCCUAACGCUCACAGCCUCAAGCUGCAGCGUAGCGAGCUCACUGUCAAGGGCAUCUCUCAGAUGUUCAUUGACUGCCCCGAUAAUGACAUCAAAUACGAUAUUCUCUGCAAGCUUUACGGUCUGAUGACCAUCGGCCAGUCCGUUAUUUUCGUCAAGACUCGAGAGAGCGCCAACGAGAUUCAGCGACGUAUGACCGCGGAUGGUCACAAGGUCUCUGCCCUUCACGCCGCUUUCGAUGGCUCUGAGCGAGACGAGCUUCUGGCCAAAUUCCGCCAGGGAGAGAACAAGGUUCUCAUCACCACCAAUGUCUUGGCCCGUGGUAUCGACGUUUCCAGUGUUUCCAUGGUCAUCAACUACGACAUCCCCAUGAAGGGACGAGGUGAUAGCGAGCCUGAUGCUGAGACCUACCUGCACCGUAUCGGUCGAACUGGCCGAUUUGGACGUGUCGGUGUCAGCAUUAGCUUCGUCUACGACAAGAAGAGUUUCGAUGCGUUGAGCCAGAUCGCUGCCAACUAUGGCAUCGACCUGGUCAAGUUGGACACUGACGACUGGGAUGAGGCCGAGGAUCGAGUCAAGGAAGUCAUCAAGAAGAACAGAGCACAGGCUUCCUACGCACCCAGCGCGACUGAGCCCAAGGCGGCUCCCGCGGCUAGCUAG